CUAGUCUCCAAAAGAAGCUGCCACAAACUACCUAUCUGUAUCGGAGUCCAAGCCCAAGUCAUAAGAAACUACAACUCUCAGCAUAGCACAUAAUAGUGGUCUGCCUCCUGUGGCUACAGACAUGGAUGAAUCAGGUUCUGAGCUCCACCCUGCAGGGUCCUCCGAUCCAGAAGCUCCAGUCAGUGUGACUACCCUCAAGGAUGAUAAAUCUAAUGAGGCUGAUUGUCCCAAUUAUGAAGAUUUGGAAGGUUCUGAGCUCCAACAAACAGAUGGUCAAACCAGUGUAAUAGACCUGAAGGACGAUGAAUCUCAGGGGGAAGAUUGUCCCAAAUCUGAAGAGCUAAACCCCGGCCCGUUAUAUAGGGAGAACCCCGUCCGUUAUAUAGGGAGAACCCCGUCAGGGACUGAUCUGGUCUGCAUAGAAAAGACUGCAAGAGGGUUCAGUGAUCUGAAUGCACCAAUCACCAUACAAUCCCACAAGGAAAAUGAAUCUGAAGGAACUGAUUGUCCCAAGUAUGAAGACAUAAAACUCGAUGGAGAAUUUGAGCCCCCGCCUCCAUACUUGCUGCCUGAUUUCCCUCCAGGUCCUGUUCGAAAACCGAUUACCAUCCCCACAUCGCUCAUCUCAGAAGAUGCCGCAAGACAAGCUUUACUGGAAUACGCCACAAAGAAAUGGUGCUACAGCACCGGACCCGCUCGGCAGAUGAUCCUCCGGGAUUUCCAGCCUUUCAACACUUUUAGGUAUCGACUGGACACGUUCACUGAGACCAGGAUAUGUAAGUGGGUGUCUGAGCCGCAUUUUGGUGGAGAAGUGGACGGUCCUGAAAAUGGUCUAGCACCUAACGCUUGGGAUCUGCCAGCAGAGCCCCCAUGCCUCUUCCGGAACGCAGAGUAUUGCAGGCCGCUGCCGCACACGGCCUCCGUGCAGGUUUCCUUUCCACAGACCUGCUCAGAUUGUGGCGGUCGCGGCAGGAACACAUGCAUAGUGUGCUAUGGGGCUGGUCGGAGAACAUGUGCCUCCUGUGGAGGAUGCGGCCGCAGUAAUAACCAGAUGUGCUUCGCUUGUAGUGGAGUGGGACGUAACACAUGCAUAUCGUGUGGAGGCUCCGGGUACCAGCAAUGUUUUACCUGCAGCAGUCAAGGAGAAGUCGUCCGCUACAUACUACUAACAGUGAAAUGGGAAAACCACAAUUUUGAGUUUAUCGCCGACCAUAAAUCAGAUUUCAAAUCUAAACGUUUCAAGAAAGUGACAGGAGAAAAUAUCUUCUCUGAUGAGCAGCAAAUGGUGACGCCUGUCACCAGUUUUCCUGAACCGUCUAUCAGCGAAGCAUCGGGAAAUGUGAUUUCUCAGCAUCGCGCUACGUUCACAAACAGUAAAAUACUGCAACAGAGACACAGCAUUGAAUGGCUGCCGCUCACCAGAGUGACCUACACCUGGCACAACGCCGAAUACGAUUACUAUGUGUAUGGGACAGAGAACAAAGCGUAUGCCAAAAACUAUCCCCGAAAAUGCUGCUGUACAAUCAUGUAACCACAGGAGGAAUGAUAGAGAGAUAGAUAGAAAGACAAACGGAUAGGCGGAAGGACAGGCAGAUAGGAUACUUUCACACGAGCGUAUUGAAAUCCACCAGUAUUCUGGCUCUGGAUUAGGCCUUAUGUUGGGCGGCGUGGCCAUAUUGCGGCCCGCAAACGGAGGGUCGGCAAUCCACGGCCGCUGGCCAUGUGCACCAUGCAUCACGGAUGCGGACCCAUUUACUUGAAUUGGUCCACAAUUCCGGAGAUGCGGACGGA